AGUUGAAGCCCACCAAAACAGUGUUACAAAACCUAAACACCAGCGUGCUCAUAUAACUGGUUGCAUAAAAGGAAAUACGACGCUCGCUUACGUGUUUUUCAUAACUGGGCUCGCAGAAAGCUAGCUGCUUCGUCUGCUGUUAUUAAGAUAGCGUUAAAACACCUCUGCCAGAUUUAUUUUAAAGUUUUAUUCCUUGCAUGUUACACUGCAUCUGUAGGAGCUCAUUCUUCUUCGUUGCUCCAAGGCGAUACUUGAGGCUCGUUGCCCACAUUCAUCAGAGACCCACCUCAGUAUUCACCGAGUCAAUCACCACUCAAACCAUCAUGUCAGACAAAAAACGCAAGUCAGCCUCUGCUGCAGCUGACGGGCCCAGUGCUAAGCAGCAGAAGGUGGCCCCCAUGAUGAAGGAGGUGAAGGAGAAGGCUGCAGGGGGCUGGCUAAAGGACCAAGUGAAGCAGCAGAGGACUGAGAUGAAGGAGAUGAAAUUCAACAAAAAGCGCAUCCGUUAUAUAUCUGACAGUCAGAAGAUCAAGCAGGGCUCAGAGGGGGUCCUGUACUGGAUGUUAAGAGACCACAGAGUACAAGACAACUGGGCGCUGAUCCAUGCCCAGCGGCUCGCUCUGAAGGAGAACCUUCCUCUGCAUGUCUGUUUCUGCCUGUAUGUCCCAAAAUCCAAACUGUCUACUCUGAGACAUUACAGCUUCAUGUUGAAAGGCCUGGAAGAAAUCGCAAAGGAAUGCAAAUCCUUAGACAUCCAGUUCCACCUGCUGCACGGUUCAGCGGCCGACGUCCUCCCCGGCUUUGUGUCAGACCGCAGCCUGGGCGCAGUGGUGACAGACUUCUCCCCCCUCAGAGAGCCCCUGCAGUGGUUGGAGGGUGUAAAAAAGGCUCUUCCAAAGGACAUCCCUUUCAUACAGGUUGAUGCUCACAAUAUUGUCCCCUGCUGGGUAGCAUCACCUAAACUUGAGUACGCCGCCAGGACGAUCAGAGGGAAAAUCACAAAGCUUUUGCCGGAAUUCCUCACAGACUUUCCUCUGGUGGAGAAACACCCCCACAUAGCCACAAGAACCGCCAAACCAGUAGACUGGGAUAAAACCCUGGCCUCCCUGCCAGUUGACCAAACGGUAGCAGUGCCAGAGUGGGCUAAGCCAGGCACCAAAGGAGGGAUGGCCAUGUUGGAGUCCUUCAUCGAUGUCCGCCUUAAACUGUUUGACACCAAACGCAACGACCCAAACAGUGCCGCCCUGAGCCAGCUGUCCCCCUGGAUCCGCUUCGGCCACCUGUCAGCCCAGCGCGUCGCAUGCCAAGUUCAGCACAGCGCGAAGUCUUCAGGUGUCUCUGUCUCCUCCUUCAUCGAGGAGCUGGUGGUGCGCAGGGAGCUGACGGACAACUUCUGCUUCUACAACGAGAAGUACGACAGAGUGGAGGGUGCGUAUGAGUGGGCUCAGAAGACCUUGAAAGAUCACGCCAAAGACAAGAGGCCGUAUCUCUACACACGUGAGCAGCUGGAGAAAGCAAAGACACACGACAAACUCUGGAACGCUGCUCAGUACCAGAUGGUCGCUGAGGGGAAGAUGCACGGUUUCUUGAGGAUGUACUGGGCCAAAAAGAUUCUGGAGUGGACCACGUCACCAGCGGAAGCGCUCUCAAUCGCUCUGUACCUAAACGAUCGCUACGAGCUGGACGGCCAGGACCCCAAUGGGUUUGUCGGCUGCAUGUGGUCUAUUUGUGGCAUCCACGACCAGGGCUGGGCAGAGAGACCUGUUUUCGGAAAGAUCCGCUACAUGAACUACAAAGGCUGCCUGCGGAAGUUUGACGUAGCCCGGUUUGAGAAAAAGUACUGUCCCAAAAACCUUUGAAACAUAAAGUGCUUUGAAGGAUGGGAAUAAAAUGCCUGACAGCUUCUAUCUCUUACACCUCUGCCUCAGGGAGUGUGUGUGUGUGUGCAGCCUUUCCUGUUUUAUUCUUUGCUGUUUGUUUGUAAAACAAAACUGAUAGUUAACUGUACAGUGCUUUUGCCUAAUUUAACAUUAGGUCAUGAUCUGUAGUCCCGACUCAGCUGCAUUAGAAGCUGUUUGUUUGAUGCAACUUUUUAUUACUGUUUUUUUUAUAUGUGUUUUUUAAUGUUCAUUAAGUUGACUUUUACUAGAGAGGCCUUGAUUGUCAUUCAUGUUUUAAGAACUGCACAUGUUCUUUUAGAGGAACUCUUUUUGAAAUAUCCCUCUUUUUAUACCAAACCAUUUCUGUUCAUUUACAUCAGUUUUUUUAUUCAAAGUUCUCCAGCUGUACAUUUUUCAUCUAAACAACCUGAAAUAAAAAGCAUGUUGC